AUGAAUGUAAACCCAGUAACUCUGGUGGCACGGAACAAGACACAAUCACUAUUCGAUUUUCAAGGUCGAAAUUGUAUUGGUAUGAAUGAUCUUUUCAUAGACUCUGGUAUCAAUCUAUGGAUUUUAGAUCCGUACAACCCUAUCUUUGAAUGGGCUGGCUUUCCUUUUCACUUUUACAACUAUCCUCAUGCACCAGAACAAAUGAACGAGUUUGUUAAAAUGGUUGAUUCAAUCUCUGCAGGUAUGCAAGUGAUAGUCAUGGUAUACGAUGGAUUUCUACCAUCAAUGCUAGAUACCCUUCUACCAGCCUUUCAAUCUAUUGGGUCACUCUGGUUCCAAGAAGCUCAACACUAUCAAAAGUAUUGUAUGGUUGGUCGAAAGGGUGGUGCCGCUCGUGAAGCCUAUGGAGAUGACCGGUUAAACUUGGGAGACAUACGAGUCAAAGGUUACUUUACAGGAUACAAUGGCGUCGAAAAUGGAUCCGUGACCUUGGAGUAUGACGUCUCUGGCCGAGUUAAAAAGAUCACCAAUAUGAUGCAAUAUCCUAAUAAUUAUUCCGAGGUCACUCUCGGUGAUUUAAGAGACACUGAGAAUUAUUGCACUCGUAGUUUCAAGUCUAUCAAUCUCUGGACCUUUCAAGCUCAUUCAUAUAGUAUGUUUGACUCUAAUGAUGACCCCAAUGAACCAAAAGCUCUACAAAUCAUGUUAGAAUGCUUGGAGAAAGGUACAAGGUUUAUUCUAUUUACUGAUGGAUCCGAUCGGUUCAAUUUUACACCCGAAACAAGAGAUCUUUUAAAGAGUUGGGGAAGCAAGGAAAUAGAUCAUUACAACGUCGUCGGUGGUCCACAUGCUGGAGAUGGUGGUCAUUUCAUAUAUUGUAUUUCAUCAAAGGUUGGAUCAACAAAGAACUUUAUCGAGAUUCUAACAUCGGAUGCUUGCUCAAUGUCAUUCAUUAUGCCAAAAGACACUUCCUCAAUGUCACAAGUAAUCGUAGGCAAUGAAAUCAUCGAAAAGAAUAUUAAAGUGGUUUCAAAUUCACAACAACAGCAACAACAACAACAACAACAACAACAACAACAACAGCAACAACAACAACAACAACAACAACAAUAUGAUGGCUUUGUGAUGCAAGCAUUCAACGAGGUCACUGGUCAAGAAUAUUUUACAAAAUCAUAUGACGUCUCUUUAUGCAAACCAAAUGAAGCGAUUCGUAUGAUACAAGAUAUUCUCGAUCUCUCGAUUGGGACAGUCGUCACAAUUACACUCGGCAAGCCAAGCAUUACAUUUGAAUAUGGUAUGACCGACAACCUAUUAUUUGCAAUGUCAACUGUUGGAGCUUCCCGUGUGACCCAGAUCAAUCGAACCACUUCGUAUUCUCUGAUUGGUAGAAAGGGGUCAAGACCAGCAUCAUCUUUUGAACAAGUUGGCCAGUAUCCAAUAAGCUUGUACUCUACCUUUGUUCCAAAAGUUGUUAAAUCUUUUAUUGAAAUUCAAGUUGACUCUCAUGCUGUUACAGGAACUAUUGUUGCGGGAUCUUCAAGCUUUAAAAUCAAUGGUAUUGAUGUUCCUCAGAUUCAAAGGGUCGGUAUCAAUAUGAUGAUUAUCAAUCCGUUGAAUGGUGUAAUUCAAGAAAUGUUAAAUUAUAACACUGAAAACAAUGCCAACCAUACACUAAACCUUAUUGCAAAAUUAAAAGCAUUGCCCCAUAAUACUAUUGUGGCCAUAUCGGCUGUUGGUGAUGCUUCCCGUCACCUUCAAACUGCCUUACCCUAUUUUGAAGAAUACCUUGGAAGUUGCCAAUUCAAAUCAUUUACAUUUCCCAAAUCGUAUUGUAUUGUAGCAGCUGUAGGAGAGGGUAUUUCAGCAGCCGAUAGAUUAGUCAGUGAGUGUCUGUCGUCUGGCCUCAACGAUCCUUCAUCGUGUCUGACAAGAUACCCAAUCAAAUCGUUGUUUGAAACCACCACGUCGCCAGGUAUCAAUUUCAGUGUCACAUCAAAGGGUGGAACUGACGGAUCAUGCAAAAUCACAAUCAAUGGAAAGACGAGAGCUUCAGCCAACACCCAAACCUAUUCGCCAGGUAUCAAUGUUAUUUAUGCCUCACCCGAUUUAAAAUAUAUCUCUUAUGCAUUGUACGACGACUCUGUCAAUGGUGGAUGGACACAGUUUUUGAACGAUGUUGGUAAUAUACAAAACGGAACGUUUGUAUUGGUUGCAAUCAACCAACAUAUGCCACCAUGUAAAACCAAUGAGAAGAAAAUGGUAUUCUCUCUUAUCGGUGCUUCAAAAUUCAUAUUGGUUCCAGAUAAUGCUUCGUAUGCAGUGAUUGGUAUCAAGGGGUUCCCAGGAUCAGCUCUUGAAAGAUACUCUUUUUCAUCGUCCCAAGUAUGUGUUGCAUCGUGGGAACCUGUCUCCUCAUCACCCAAUCUAUUGCACGAUACCUAUCUCAUCCCUCAAACCAACCAAACAAUCUACUCGGUACCACUACUAGACAUUUACUACCAAAUGUGCACGCCAGUAUCCGUGUUGGCCAAGACCAAAGCAAUUGGAAAUGUCUACAUCAACGAACCUGCAACCAAUUGGAACUAUCCUAGAGACCCAGUAGCACCUGGAAGAGUUGUCAAAGCAUUGUUGAUUGGGUCAUUAAAAAAAAAGUCAUUUGGUCUUAGAGGCAACCCAACAUUUUCAGUCAACGACCAUGCCAAUGCUCUGGUCAAUGGUGGAUAUGUCAAGAAAGAAAAUAUUCGUUUGUUGUCCAAGAGUUCAACACAAUUGACUGAAAAUGGUACCUUUGUUUGUGGUCCAAGUGCCAAUUGCAUUAGGGAGCAGAUCAAUGAUUGGAUGUUAAAAGAUUUGAAAUCUGGUGACUCCCUUUACAUUGCAAUCGUUGGUAGAGGAUUCAACAAGUCAUCAUCGAUUGGAAACAAGUCUGCUGUCCGAACCGGGCUUGUCACACUGGAUGAUACUCUCAAAUCCUCAGAUUAUUCUAUCACCUGGGAUGAUCUGUUGAAUCUUUUCAAUGUGGUUCCAAGUGGAGUCAAUCUAACGUUUGUGAUAGACUGCCGCAAUGCAUCAACCUUUACCAAUUCAAUUGGUAAUAUGUCGUAUAAAAACAAUUGCGUUGUCUAUUUAUCAUCUUUUACCACACCAACAAUCAAACUUUCAAAAACCAAUUCUUUUCUACCCAUUUUCACCAGUGUGCUCCAACAAGCAAAGGACUCUUCAUCCACCUCACCUCUAACCUACAGAGACAUUCUCAUCAAGGUGCAAUUACAACUACCAUCAGCAGCAAUGUGGAUUGCCGGUGGAGACAUUGGAAACUAUUUAUUCAACACUCUUCCAUCCCAACCUUCUUUGGUUGGAGUAAAUAUGUAUGUGGCAGAUACACCAGACAGUCAACCACCUCGAUUCUUAUAUUCAACCAAUAUAAUGUCGAAUGAUCACUAUUGGAGGUUUAGUGAAGCUGUGUGGCAAGCAUACCCACCAAACGUCGGGGAAGGAGUUCCUGUUUACCAAUUCUCUAUUCUCGAUCGACCAGUCACAAACGGAAAUGAAACGUACUCUUACGAUUACAGUCUUCUCGAAGUGCAUGAAAGAGAUCCAUUGACAAACCUUGAAUGGACACCUACUGGAUCUGUUUGGAGAGCGUAUGAUUCACCAAACGUAAUUGCUGGUCUUUCACCGGUGUAUCGAUUCUAUAAAGAUUCGACCAUUAGAAGAUACGCCUAUUCUCUCUCAAAUUAUUAUAAUGGCUCUGGUUGGACCUUGGACCCUGUCAACCCAAUCAGUUUUUAUGUCAUAAAAUUACAAAGAAUAUAA